AUGAAUAACCUGACGCACAACAGUCCCAUCCUGGUGAUCGAGGGACUCGAUGUCCCCCAUCGUUUCAUCUACCCAGUCUUCGCCCUGCUUUUGGUUAUUUACCUGAUCAUCCUGACCACCAACAUAGGGGUCAUGCUGAUUAUUUUGAUGGACAGGAGCCUGCAGACGCCAAUGUACCUGUUGUUCUUCAGCCUGUCCUUCAACGACGUCCUGGGAAACACUGUGCUUCUGCCCCGCUUGAUAUUCGAUGUGGUCUCCGCCAACUGGUCCAUCAGCUACUCCUGGUGUGUCUCCCAGGCCUUCUUCAUCCACACCUAUGCCACAUCCUGCCACACGGUGAUGAUGAUCAUGGCCUUUGACAGGUAUGUGGCCAUAUGCCACCCUUUGAGGUACACCUCCAUCAUGAGUCCUGCAAUGGUGGCUAAGCUGACUGCAUCUGCCUGGAGUACAUCGAUAACCCUGGUGUCCAUCCUGCUAGGCCUCACCGUACGACUAUCACGCUGUCGUUCCGUGAUUCUAAAUGCCUACUGUGACAACGCCUCCCUGUUCAAGCUCUCCUGUGAGGAUGUGAGCAUUAACAAUAUCUACGGACUGACCUUCAGUGUGGUCCUGCUCAGCUCAUCCAUUGGCAGUGUGGCCUUCACGUAUUUCAGGAUCCUGGUCAGCUGUGUCUCCAAAAAGAACAAGGAAGUGAACAGAAAGGCAGUGCAGACCUGCGGCACCCACCUGGCCCUCUACCUGAUCAUGCUCUGGUCCGGAUUCCUCGUCAUCAUUAUGCAUCGUCUCCAGAUUCACAACGGUUACCGGAAAAUGGCAGCUCUUCUCUUUCACAUCAUUCCCGCCAACAUGAACCCCAUCUUAUAUGCCAUGCAGACCAAGGAACUGAAGACCAAGAUUGUGCAGAUACUUCAUUCAAAAGUAACCCAGCUGCAGUAA